CCUCGCUACAAUGCAAGUUAACGGCUGUAGGACAAUGGAAAGAACUUCAUCAUGCUGUUUCUGCUGUUGCAGACAACUCCAUUAAACAAAAGGAGAGUACGCGUUUAAUUUACACUCUAUCUUCACCAAAGCGCCAUGCUUUCAUCCCGCGCUCCGUCUCACGCCUUUUCGGCUAGGGCUGGGCGGGCCCCCUUCGGGGCCGUGCGUCCAUGCUACAGGGCGCGGCGGCAACUGCAUGUUGCUCGUGUAGCAGAUGUGAAUGAAGCGGCUUUUGAGGAGCAGGUUCUCAAGGCGUCUACGCCCGUGCUUGUUGACUUUUGGGCGGCGUGGUGCGGUCCUUGCAAGCUGGUCGCACCUUUAAUGGACUGGGCGGAGAAGGAGUAUGGCGGCAAGUUGAAAGUCGUGAAGGUUGAGCACGACGCCAACCCCGCGCUAAUCGCCAAGUACAAGGUGUACGGCUUGCCAACCCUGAUCGUCUUCAAGGAGGGUCAGGAGGUGGAGGGCAGCAAGCGGGAGGGCGCUGUCACGAAAGCGAUGCUCCAACAAUACCUCACAAAGAAUGGCAUCGCCAAGUAGAGUAUCGCCCGCCAGCAUUGUGGCGGCGUGCUGGCAGCGAUCAUGAAGUGACUGCCAACAUUGGGUUGCUUGCUGCUAUGGACGGAGCUUAGGCGGCAGUCGGCUUUUCUGCUUAGUGCUGCCCCGCAUGUCUGCGUGAGGGAUAGGUCAGUUCUGAGGGGAUGGUCGGCACUGCGGGAACCUCAUGGCCUGCGAGCACGGUGGGGCCAAGUGGGUCUCAAUCUUGCAGCGGCCACCGCCUCCCACCGGUUCCAAAGCAGCCGCUACAGGGUUGCGGCGCAUGGGGCAUUGGAGGGACCCGAUGUGCCCUUGGGAGCGGCCUUGUUUAACCUGUGCACAGAAGGGCGGAGCGCCACCGGCCGCGGGUUGGGGUUCCGGUAGCUAGUUAGGGGGCGUUUCUGGCGAAGGUUGGAGUGGAGUGGAGGGCAGUUACAGGUUUUGAGGCCGAGGGAGGCUUAAGGAGGGGUGAGGCGGUAGGUAUUGUCGUUAGGUAGUGAAGUGCGAGGGGUCUGAUGUAUGGCUUGUAACGGGGAUGCAGCGCACGGGCAGUAACGGGGCUGUCAAGCGCUGGCACCCUGUCAGGAAUGUAGCCAUCGUUGCAAAUUCCCGAUAACUGUGAAGCUUGACUUCUUGAGGAGCAGCCGUCCUAUUGUGUGAUGAAGCGUGUACUGGUAUUAGCGGAAUGUUUUGCAUGUACGUGAGACUUAGGCAGGGAGAGGUUGCUCGUUUGUGCGGCUAUUUUUCCGGUAAUCAGGUGUGUAUCCGGGUGUACGGCCAGCGCUGCAUGGGUGUCGUUGAAUCUGAGAAAUUGCGGUUACACUGCGCUGGCCUGGACAUGUGAGAGGGUAACGUGAGCGAAGGCCAGGAGCGGCCCUUGGGACGUGUCUGGUAGGGCCUUGGCCGUCCGUUCUUUAUGCAGGAUAUAUAAUGGUGCACUUUCUAAUUUCAAGCCCGGAGUUGGUGAAGCCCAGUUUUCGAGUGCGCCGCGAUGAGCCUGUGUAUGUUUUGCAGGCGCUGCGGGGGUUGGUGGCGACAGAUAGGUGCGACAUGGGGCGUCUCGGGCGUGCGAUGGUGAGGUCUGGUGCGUCGCUAACUUGGAGACCAGGACGAGAGCAACGCUUGAUAAUGUGAACGGCUUAUGCGGUGGGGUUGAUGGCAAGAGGUGCUGUUGGGUCAGGUUGGGCCUUCCUGCUCGGCAGGGCAGUUGGGGUUACGUUGGCCCUGAACAUGCCAGCACGGCUGGCAAGGGGGCCUUCGGAUGAACGCAAGCUAUGCGUGAGUAAGCUACUCACCAGACUGUGACGGGAGAUUGAACGACAGGUAAAUCUUACGAAGGAA